AUGCUCAGAACCACCCCCCUCCGACUUGCUCAGGCUUCCGCCGCUCCCUCCAGAGCUGCCAUCCGCCCCCGAUCCAUCCCCAGACCUCCCCAGUCCCAGUUAACUGCCCUUCGUGCUACCUGCCGCUCCUAUGCUACUGAGGUCCCCCCCUCAGGACCGGCAUCUGGUGCCACCGGCGGCGGCGGCGGCGGUGGUAACGGCCCCAUGCUGCUCGUCCUCGCUGCGAUCGUCGGUGUUGGAGCUGGAGGCUACUACUACCUGAAACCCGUGCGGGAUGCUGCUUCGGUUGCCAACACUGUUACCGACCAGGUCAAGACCAACAGCCCUGAUUUGAGUGAGCUCGCCGGCUAUGCCAAGUCUGCCCUUCCUCCCGGAGUCUUCGCCCUCUACUCUCACCUUUCCAAACAGCCCGGUGGCAUCAAUGGCUUCCUUUCCAACCUCAAAGACAAGGACCUCAAGGAGGUGCUUGAAGAGCUCAAAAAGGUCGGCGGUGAUGAUGUGAAGCGGGUAGUCGACAAGGUGCAGAAGAAGAUUGAGGAUGCCAAGGGCAAUGUGGAGAAUGUCGACUGGAAGGCUUUGGUGGCGGACUUGAAGGGUGAACUUCCCCCUGGUAGUCAGAAGAUUGUCGACCUGCUGAUCGGCAAGCUUCCCGACAAGGCCGACAUUGACAACCUCGUCAAGAAGGCUAAGGAGGUUGGAGAAGACCAGCUGAAGCAGCUCGAAUCUUCUGCCAACAAGGUCUGGCUCAAGGUCGAGGAGGCCAGGAAGGACGGCAAGGGUCAGGCCGAUGCUUUGCUCAAGGGUCUCAAGGAGGCUGCCCCUGCCGAUGUGGACGCCUUGAUCAAGCAGCUCAAGGAAGCCGCCAAGAAGGCUGGCUUGCCCGCCGACCAGACUGAAGCUUGGUUGAAGAGCAAGGUUGAUGAGGGCAAGAUCAACACUGAUGAACUUGCUGGACAAGUCGAGAGCAAGCUCAAGACCGCUAGCAAGUUUAUCCCCGGCGAGCCCAAGGACCUCGUCAAGCAGGUCGAGCAGGUCAGCCCCUCGCUUGCCAAGCUUGUGGCCCAGGCUCUUCAGCAGUCUGGUGUGACGGACGAGAAUGGCAACAAGAAGCAAUAA